CCUGAAUGAUGCAUUUAUACCCCAAGUCCAUCAACUAAGAGUUUGUUGACAAGGCAAGGUGCUCUAUUCUGGCAGAUCAAACCCACACACUGGCUAGCUGUGGUUAAUAUCAGUCAAUACCACAACCAACAGCUGUACAUUUGAAGCAACUUUCCGUAUAAACUUUAAACCGAAUCGAUGAAGUUUAACUGGAAAGUGCGUGUGAUUGCCAUCUGAACUAUCCAAUACCCAAUAAUUCCUUUUUAUUUUUUAUCAAAAUUCAGUCUAUAAAAAAGAAGACAAUACGUGCUACUAUCCAUCGGAAACUUAACCCCGAUUUAAGAAGAAAACCCUCAAUCGCCUUAGCUUGACCUGUAAAAAACCAGGUGAUCGAAUCUGCUCAGUUUAAGCAGAGGUGAAGUCCUGUUUAUUCACAGCAUAAAGAUCAGUGCAAAGCAUAGUAUCACAAACAAGGAAAAACAGCACAGUAGCCUACAACAAUGCUGAUGGGGUGUUUUGGCACAAACACUGUCAAAGAUGAUGGCGGAAACAAGACGCAAGCUGUUCGCAACAAGGAGAUUGAGAAGCAACUUACCAAAGAUAAACAACACUACAAAACCACUCAUCGAUUACUUUUACUUGGUGCUGGUGAGAGUGGUAAGUCGACAAUUGUAAAGCAGAUGAAGAUUCUGCAUGUGGAGGGCUACUCUAAGGCGGAGAGAAAGGACAAGGUGCAGGACAUCUGGAGGAACAUCAGGGACGCCAUCCUCACCAUCACAGACGCCAUGUCCCAGAUAGAGCCCCCACUGGACUGCGAGCCCCACAAUCAACAGUACGCAGACUACAUCCUCGACGAGUGCACCAAACCCAACUUCUCAUACCCAGAGGAGUUCUGGAAUGCUACGAAGAUCCUAUGGAAGGAUUCUGGCGUGGUGGCCUGCUUUAAACGAUCACACGAGUAUCAACUGAUUGACUGUGCUGAGUACUUCCUCAAUAAAGUGGACGAAGUCAGACAACCUGGCUACGAACCCAGCGAUCAAGAUCUGCUGAGGUGUCGUGUGCUGACCUCUGGGAUUUAUGAGACGCAGUUUGCAGUUGAUAAAGUCAACUUCCACAUGUUCGACGUGGGAGGCCAGCGAGACGAGAGGCGCAAGUGGAUCCAGUGCUUCAAUGACGUCACAGCCAUCAUAUUUGUCACGGCCAGCAGCAGUUUCAACCUAAAGCUGAGAGAGGACGCCACCCAAAACAGACUAUCCGAGUCGCUGGACCUGUUCAAGAGCAUCUGGAACAACCGGUGGCUGCGUCAGAUCUCGGUCAUCCUCUUCCUCAACAAGCAGGACCUACUGCAGCGCAAGGUGGUCGAAGAGAAGUGGGACAUUGGACAGUUCUUUAAGGACUACUACGACUACCGCCUGCCAGACGAAACCAAGGACAAAGGAAGCAAACACAAUGAACCCCCAGAACUCACCAAAGCCAAAUGUUUCAUUCGAGAUCAGUUUUUGCAAAUUAGUUCAGUUAGUAGUAAUCAAGGCAGCGCCUCCUCCCACUUCUGCUACCCACACUUUGUCUGUGCAGUCGACACUGAGAACGUGCGAAGGGUGUUCAACGACUGCAAAGACAUCAUACAGCGCAUGCACUUGCGGCAGUACGAGUUACUAUAGGCAACAACAACACCCAUUCAAAGCCCGCACACUGCAACAAAACAACUUCCACCACAACACACAGUAGAGAAAAGAGAACAUUACUCCACCACCCACACACCAACCGUCUCGUCUAUCUCUCCUCUCUCUUCUCUCUCAUUCAACAUGGUACUUAGAAGAGCGAAAAACAACAAUACAAUAGAACACCUGUUGACAAUGACGAAUAGAGGUAGAACCAGAACUCACUUGCGACACCCAAAAAGAGUGGAAUCAGAGAACGGAUGAAAGAUAAUUUGGCAUUCUCCAUUGCAGAACCGUAGCUAAAAAACUGAGAAACUGUACCAUAAUAAUUUGGCCAGUAACAACAACUGCUGCAGAAUGAUGUGUGACAGACAGAUGCAUUCUACCAUUCAUUUCUGAUCAGACUUUCAGCAAAUUCUAUCUUAUUGCCAAUUCCAACGUUCCUAAUCGAGCUCUAAAUUAAGCGUGCUAUGGUGCAUUUGUGAUGAUAUCGGUGAUGCGAAUGCGCCUAUUCCAUUCGAGGUCGAAAUUUCUGGUUUUGAAUAUUUCUUCUUCCGAGGGUCCAGUACUUACUCAAAUCGUGUCCACCCUCCCUAGAGCAAUGAAUUCAUUUGUAAAACUAAGCUUUGAAUGCGAGUUUUUAUUUCGAGAGCAUAAUUUAGUACUCAAAUCUUUUGUUUUAUUCUUUGCAUUCUAAUCUAAUCGAAUAUUCCUUUUAUCCUUUUCGAAUUUUGUAAUUGUAAUUCAGUCAUAAAUUUGGUUCCAAUGAGAUGACAGAAAAUAAUUUAUAGACAUCGUAGUGAUAUUGCCCAAAACAACCCAAAAUGUAAUGUUCGAGUUGGUGUACUUAUAAUGAAAUGCGUCUUCGCUAUAUUCUAUUUGCAGUUGAUUUGGUCGAAAAAGUAGUAGAUUCCAAAACUGAACACUCGUUCUAAAUCGAAAGAGGGAGAGAGAGGAAUGAGUUUGACCUUUUCCUUAACCUUUCCUCUGUUCUACUCUUCCUACCUACCUUGUCCAAAGAUGUCAACAUUCAUCGGUGCUUUUUUCAUUUUUUCAAUCUUACCUUUGGAGACCGCUCGCUAUAACCGUCCUUAUAUACCAAAAUCCUUAACUCGAGAACCAUUUUCCACGUUGAAGGCUGAAAUAUUGGAGUUUUUGUUGGUUUUCGUUUCGCUUGGUCAAACUGUUCUGGUUCCUAAUGCAUUGAUUAUUCUGAUUUGGGAAUAGGAACCAGGAGUUUGUAAUUGAGCCAGUGUUGCAUGCGUCUCUCCCUCCCCCUCUCCCUAUAAGGAAACCAUCAAAUUUUGAAUCAAUGAAUUAAUUUGUGAAUUUGUUCCAAACAGCGUUUGUUACUUUAUUUAAUAUAAGUGAAAAAGAUUUAGCUGUAAACUCUUCGCUAGAAGUGUCGAAAAUCUCGAUCAUAUUUGAUCCUGGAAGGAGAAAACAGUCCGAAUAAUUUUGAAAACGAGAUUUUAGCAUUCAUCAGUUUGUAACUAAACAGUGUAAUGUAAUUUGGAGGUUGUUUUAUUGUACAGAGAUAGUUUUUUAUUUUUUAAUUAAUUAGAUAAUUAGUGUAAUUGUGAAUGCUGCGAAAGCGGUUCCUGUUAUUUAUUUCGAAGACUAACAAUGAAUAACUGGAAUGAAACCACAGCAAAUUAUCUUUCUUCUAUUCUCUCUCUAUCUUUUCUCUCUGCUGCAGUAAUUCUAUCUUCAAUAGCGCCCGCCUCCUUCGAAUUACUCUAUUAGAAAAUCUAAAUCUAUUCUAUGCAUCAACCAAACAAACAGCUAGACACCACACAAAAUGGUGUAGUUAAAUCGGAUUUGAACAAGUUUCGCGUCUGUCCCAUUUCAUUUUGUAAUUUGACCGACUCACAAAACAUACAAACAGCAGCUAUUAUUUGAGCAGAUGGUCUGUGAUUUUAUUUUGGGUUUUGUUAGUCGGGUGCAACAGUUGUAGAGGUUCUUUUUUGUUUUUAUUGAAUUCGAAUAUUGUAACUAGCAGUCGUUCGUUUGAUUUGAUUAAAUAAACUAGAUUGAAAUAAAUAUUAUAUGUUAAAUUUAUUAAAUUUGCUAUUUCAAUUUUGUAUC